CCAACCAUCCAGAACACCGGUUAGCAUUGCACGUCGUGGUAAUCGGUGUUCGGGCAUACGUAACACGUGGCCCAACCAUCUCCGUCGACGAAGAUUCACAAUCUCAUCAACUGAUUUACCAUAAUUCCCUAAUACCCUACGUCUAACCUCACUAUUACUUACCCGGUGAUCCCAACAGAUGCAAGUAAUAUUUCUAAGGCAUCUGUGGUCAAAUACUAGUAGCUUACGACUAUCUUUCAGAUUUAAGCAACUGGAUAGUUUGCAAAUAUCGCUGGUGUAUGCUUAAGAAAACUGGUAAUAUCUCGUGACUACGAUUAAACGGAUUUCUGGGACAAAUUAUUUAGUAUACUUUGUGUUACUGGGAUAUUUCAUAUUAAUCUACAAAUCAUAACUAAAUCAGACGACAAAUCUACUCAUUACCUGAUAUUCCCUUAAGCAGGUUGCGGUCAUUAACUCGUACAUUUCGAACAUCUUUCUGUUUCGUACUUGUUUAUCUUGAUUUCCUACCUUCAUUUUUACUCCUAUUGUGCCUUUAUUUUCACGUAAUUUGAGUUGUGAUAUCUUGAAUCAAUGCAUCAAUCACCCAUUUAGUAUGUUGCUGACCUUCAUGCAGGAUUAAGGGUACUACUGAACUGUUAAAUCCGAAGUGACCAGAUUGCGAUGUGAAUAUUUGACCUAGUAUUUGAGGGUUCUUUGACUUUUGGCUUACAGUACUGAAUAUCUUUAACCAGUAAGCAAACAUUAUGCAUCGGUAAGGUUUUCUUAGUAAUUUACGUAUUUUCCUCGUGAUCCAAUGAAGCGGUACUCGGAACGAACCCACUGAUUGUAAAACGAGUCCUCGAAUUAUUUAUAAGAGCAGUGGCUGUGUAUUCAAAGCGAUCCAAUUUUAACUAGUAGUUCCUAACUUCUUAAUUUCGGGACAACCAAAUAUUACCAGUAGCCGCCACUUAAAACAUUUUAUCGAAAUUCUAGUAGACGAGCAUAUUUUCAUUUCUAGGUUAAAUCUAAAAACCAAACAUUUAUUACAGAAGUCAGCAAAAUGGUUGGUCACAGUCAAAUAAAUGUUGGGUAAAAAUCAAUGUAUUUAUUGAAUAUAUUCUAAUAAGGUUCCAAUAAAUAUGCGAUUGAUAGCAUAGCUUGCAUCAUAUUGAGGUUUCUAUUUCCAAGUUGCUAAAUAAACAAAAUUAGAUUGUCUUUUACGGAUUCAAAACUACAAACCUGAAAAUAAUGGAUAUUAUUUUUCUGGUCUAAACAGUUCUAGAAACCAUUAAAUCUAACCUAAAUGUGAAUAUUUACAAACUAACUUAUAAAAACUGUAUAUUAUUUACCAUGUUCUGUUAAUGAUUCAAACAUGGUGUUUACUCACAAAUUAAUCUUUAUUGUUUUUAUCUGGUUUUCUUUUCAGUCUCCCAUGCUUUCAACUGAAUCUUCACUAUAUGAAAGGUUGUAGUUGUAAUGAAUAAGAGUACACGAAACCGACCUUUACUUGCCUUUUGCCAUUGUUCACCUCUUAGCCGUUGCCCAUAUUCCAGGUCUGUUUGUGUAUCGUCAACAGGAUGUUUUCAUUCAUUGCAUUUGGAUUUAUCACUAACAUAUGUGGAUGAUGAGUCGUAUGGGUGUUUUUCAAAUAAUACGAAUCAGGUUGACUUACUCUGCCGAAAUUCAAAAGUUGGUAGACAAUUAUUAUAUUGUUGUUCUCCAGAUGAUGGGGAUUUUUGCAAUCGGAACUCGAGUUUGCUAGAAUUAAUCAGUCCUAUCCGAAUGAAUGCUCAUGCAUUUACAUGGAAAUCUAUUUUGACAGCAGUGUUGUUCCCUACCUUUGCACUGUUUUGUGGGCUUCUAGCGAUCAUGCUUUUUUGGAAGUGCUUUUUAAAAAACGAAUAGAAAACUACGAUCGCUAUGUCAAUGAACUUAGCUACAAACGUCCCAGCUUCACUACAGAUGUCUACAAUUAUCUAGUAAAACUCAAUGAAGAACAGUUUUCGAAUCGUAAGUUAUCAUCUUAUGUCUCACCCGGAAUGGGAAAUAAUCUUUCUUCAAAAAUUUGCAUAAUCCUGAUCCUUCGUGUGGACUUAUUAGCUGCACUAGUGGAAGUGGGAGCGGUCUUCCGUUCCUUGUUCAGAGAACUGUAGCACGUCAUAUUAGAUUGACAAUGUGUAUAGGGAAAGGACGAUUUGGUGAAGUUUGGAAAGCUACAUGUCAAGGUGAAACCGUUGCUGUUAAGAUUUUUCUAGUCGUGAUGAAGCCAGCUGGGCUCGUGAAACAGAAGUUUACAACACUGGUUUAUUGCGUCAUCCUAAUCUCCUGGCGUAUUAUGCUAGCGACAUGAUAUCAAGAGGUGGAUGCACUCAGCUCUGGUUAAUUACAGCUUAUCACGCUAACGGAUCUUUACAUGACUUCAUCAGUCACAGAUCAUUAAAACUACAGGAUGGUUUGCGUCUGGCCAGCUCCAUUGCAGCAGGCUUGGCGUUUUUGCAUACAGAAAUAAAAGGAUUACAUGCUAAGCCUUCUAUUGCACACCGUGAUCUCAAAUCGAAGAAUGUUCUUGUUAUGAGUGAUAUGACUGCAUGUAUAGCUGACUUGGGUCUUGCCCUUGUGAAUUUACAAAGUCUCCCAGUCGGACAAGCCUUCCUCAAUUUAUCUUCCUCAAUGCUAUCUAGUGGUGUUAUGUCUAGCGGUAUAACUCAGUCAGACAGAUUGUGCAGUGGACUUUCUGGUCCUUCUUCUUUAGGUCCUCCUCCUGCCGGACCUAGGGUUGGUACUAAACGUUACAUGGCACCUGAGUUACUUAUGGCGAUUGAUAUAGCACACACAUCAUCUAACUGCGGCAACAAUACGUCAUGUAUAACUAAUGAAAGUAUUGAUAGUCCAAACAGAAGUCACCAUUUGCCAUUUGAAGUUUACCAAGCUGCAGAUAUUUAUGCGAUGGCCCUAGUGUUUUGGGAAUUAGCACGAUGCACUCAGGGAAUAACAUCUGAUUUUGUUGAAGGAUAUCAGAUACCAUUCUACGACAUGGUCCCUCCUGAUCCAACCUUCUCACAGAUGAGGGAUAUUGUUUGUGGCAAUAGUUUGACCAUAAGUGAUCAAACAAACCAAUUGAACAGGAAUAACUCAAGUAUAAACACUAAAUCCCCCAAGACAAGUCCAGAUUACGACAAUGUUCAUUGUAGGCCUCGCAUCUACCAGCGUUGGUUAGAUGACACCUAUCUAUCCUGCUAUGCACAGGUGAUACAAGAAUGUUGGCAUGAUGAUUGGUCUGUACGCCUUUCUGCUCUUCGUGUUCGUAAACGUCUGGGACAGAUCGAAGAUGCAGUUAGGCAAUCAUUGGUCAGAAAAAGAGGAGAGAACAUUCCUUCUAAUGUAAAUGAGUUAUCAGUACUCCUGACCGAGGACCCAGAAACUUUGGCUUGAUUUUCACAUUUUCUGAUAUAUCGAAGCUUAUCUUUGAAAUUUGCAUUUAAUUUUAGUGUUGUAACUUCCUAAAUAUUUUCACUUAAUAGGUAAUUUAAUAAUUCAAAUGCUUUUCUGAUUUUUGAUGCCUAAGAUAGAUGAUUGUAGAUAUAUAGGUUUAACUGUUGGGUAAUAAUUUUGUGCAAGAAACUUCUGAUGCUUUAGGUCGGUGCCAAACUUGGCACAUUAGUACAGUAGCUACUGGAUUGAUUUUGACAAAUAUAUUUUUUCUGUUGUUUAGAAUAUUGAAGACAGCAAGAACAAAGAUCUAAAAUAUUUACUAUGUACCGUUUAUAUGUAAGUAGGCCUGUGAUCUAUCUUAUCACCCUUCUAUAAAUGUACCGAACAAACAGUUAUCGAAUCUCACCGAAAUACCCGAUACUAGAAGGGUCAUAUUUUUGCAUAAAGUAUAUGUUUAUUAAAUAUUAAUUAGUAAGUGUAUAUUUAACGGUAAGACGUUACGUUAAUGGGUUGAACGCUACUAUUGUUUAGGACUUGAAAAACAUUGUACCCCUCCAUGUAAUUGGUUUCCUUCAUAAAUCUAACCAAAGCAAGGGCGUUAGUGUUUGGAUCCUGUUAUUGGGCGAAAUAGCAAAACGUUUAGCCGUUAUACGCCAAUUCUAUAUGAGUACACUAAUUACCGCUUUUAAUGCUAAACCACCAAUAACCAAGUUAUUGUAGACAGGGUAGACGAAGCCGAUUCGGCCAUUCAAGUUAAAUUUAUUUUGGCAGAAUGUCUUUCUAGUGGUAAUCCUUUUACAUUCACCAAAGCGCUUGGUGUUUUAUUUCUUUACAAAUGAGUUUUGUUGAGAAAAUCCACCAACAGCUAUAACACAGGAAGAACUAGUUCAGUAAGACAGUUGAGUACUACAGGGAUAGAAAUACACGUUUAUCGAACGGCUACUACCUGGUAAAUAUGAAAACAGUAAAAGAUGCCACAUAUUACUAGAGCAUCACCAAAUGAUAAGCUUCAGAAAUAACACAAGAAGGCUAUCAGUCAUAAUUUCGAAAAAGCACCCGUGAAAUUAAUCUUGGUGUGGGGUUAUUGUGAGCUUAGUGCAAUAAAUGACUUUUCCCAGCCUCGUUAAUCGCCAGGAUAAGCCUUUUGAUGGGUCAAGUGGGAUUGAUGAGAAAAGACAUUCGACCACACUAAGUAUAGGAGGACAUCUAGUGUGUAAAAUUGAUCCCACUUGUUGACUGCUUCACAUUGUGUUAAUUAACUGUAAUUCUAGUCUGUGCUCGCUUAACUCGGCGAGUGUUGUAGGAGUAGGCUGGAAGAAAGUUAUGGGCGGCCAAACCAAAACAUGACAUCGGACCAUGGAGACA